AUGUCAUCGACAACAUCGCAAAAAUUUCGUGAUUUUACAAGUGAACCAUUAAAAGAUAAAGAGUUAAAUGAAGUUCCUGGUCUUGGUUCUAAGUUAGCAAGUAAUUUAGAACAAUCUGGCAUUACAAAGGCUUAUGAAUUAUUGGGUAUUUAUUUGACAUUAUUAAAGAAUAAGGAAUAUUUUGAACUUUGGAUACGAGACAAUGCUGGCGCUAAUCGUCAUCAAGCGAAACAAUGUGCUGAAUCGAUUGAUGCAUUUUGUUCACAAUUUCUUUAA